AUGCAGCGAUUGGUGGCUGGAUCUGGGCUAUAUUUUUCGUUUUUACGAUCUAGAAAAGCUUCUUUUUGCUAUUUGUCUCCUAGUUUUCGUUUUUUUUCCGCUUCAAAACACACAUUGCCUGAUCUUCCGUAUGAUUAUAAUGCACUUGAACCUUAUCUUUCUCAUGAUUUGCUUGAGCUUCAUUAUAACAAACAUCACCGUGCUUACGUAACAAAUUUUAAUUUAGCUUUGGAAAAAUAUAAUGAAUAUGAUUCUUCUGUGGACUUAGCAACUCGUAUGAAUCUUUUAACAUCUAUUAAGUUUCAUGGUGGUGGUCAUAUUAAUCAUUCUUUAUAUUGGGAAAGCCUUCUUCCACCAAAAGAAGGUGGAGGACAAGUUAUUGAUGGGCCUUUAGUUGAUGCAAUUAAAAAGGAAUGGGGAAGUGUUGACCAAUUCAUUCGUACAUUUAAUACACAUUUGUCUGGGAUUCAAGGAAGUGGGUGGUGUUGGCUCGUAAAAAUACCUUCAAGUCGACAACUUUUUAUUCAAACAACGAUGAAUCAAGAUCUUGUUACUCAAGGCAAAGUUAUUCUUGGAAUAGAUGCGUGGGAACAUGCAUAUUAUAUUCAAUAUUUUAAUAACAAAGUUAAAUAUUUUGAAAAUAUAUGGAAUGUUAUUAACUGGAAGACUAUGAACCAAAGAUUUGAACAAUAA